UAAUUGUAUGGACAAAAAUGGUAAAAUGUUUUGUGAAUGUAAAGAUGGUUAUGAACAAUCUAUGGUUAUGAACAAAGUCUACUGUUGCUCAAAACCCGGAGAAAUAUGCGCAAUUGAUCAUAAGUGCAGUAUUGAUUUAAAGUGUAAAGAAUUUAUUGUAAAGGAUAUGAAGGAAAAUAUUCUUGAAUCAAAUUUAACAGAAAUGGACUCACAACUUUCUGAACAGCUAAAAAAUGAUGUGUAUAGUAAAUCUAACAAUCCUGAAGAAUCUACAGUAAUUGAAGAAAAUAACGCUAAUAAAUUUUUCACAAAUGUACCAGUUAAAUCCACAGUAACUGAGGUAUAUAACAUUAUUAAAUUGUCCACAGAUGUAUUUGCUAAAUCCACAGUAACUGAAGAAUAUACUAGUAAUGACUCUUCUACAGAUAAAUCUGAUGAGUCCACAGUAAUUGAAGAAAAUACUGCAAAUGAAAUUUCUAAAGAUAAAUCUACCGAAUCUACAGUAACAGAAGAAAAUACCACAAUCACACCACAAUCACAUGAAGAGUACACAACAACUGAUCGUAAUGCCGAUAUUCUGCAAAAUGUGUGUGAAGAAUCUCAGAAAUGUUAUGGAAAAUGCUGUACUCCAAACGAAAAAUGUAGUAGUGAGGAAAGUAAAUGCAUUGCUUUUUCUCAUAGAAAAGAAGCUGGUAAUAUCUUUGAUUUAUUUGAUUUUAAUGAUAGUGACAUUAUUACGUCUACUAUUACGUCCAACGAUCAUGAUCUUCAAAAAGAUUGCCCACCCCAACGUCAGUGUCUAAGAAACUGUUGUUCAAGCCAUGAAGUAUGCAACAAAGAAAACAAAUGUGUUAAUGAAAAUCCUGGAAGUAUCUUUGAUUUAUUUGAUUUUAAUGACAGUGCAAUUAUUAUACCGACCCAUGAUGAAGAAGAAGAAAAAGCAAAAUGUCCCAACGAUCAACUAAUGUGUAAGAAUAUAUGCUGUAGUACCGAUGAAACAUGUAGCGAAAAUUGGAAGUGUAUACCGAAAAUUGAAGCUAUUAGUUCCAAGAUCAGCAACUCGGCCAUUGUCUAUACAUCAAUAGGUUCAGGUUGUUUGGUAGCUGCUUUGGCUUUUGCUUUAUUUAAAUUGUAUAAUUUCAAAUCCGCACAGAGAAGAUUAUUUUAAGAUAAUAAAAUAUUAAUAAAAAAAAAAAUAAAAA